AUGGCCUUCCUCGGUAUCAGUAUGGGACUGACCUUUCUAACGAACGGCGGUGUCCUGGCGAUUUUCUUCGCCUAUCGUGAACUGCGCUCACCCUUUUCCUUUUAUGUUAUGAAUUUGCUGUGUGUCAACCUGUACUUAGCGAUCGCCAAUCCCAUGCGCAUUAUCGACAACAUGAAUACCCUAUGGUUUCCCAAAACAUGGGCCUGUAAUUUUUUUAUCGUUAACGAUUGGAUUGGCAGCGCUAUACUCGGACACGCGCAUCUGCUGAUCACGUUGAACCGCGUCUGGGCGAUCAUGUUCCCCAUUUCAUACAAACACCUCCAUACGCGCAACAUGGCCAAAUACAUCUGCAUUGGUUUCGCAGUGUACUGUCAUGUGAUGAUCUUGCCCUUUAUCCUCAUCGACUUCAUCUACUACCGUGGUCCAACACUCAACGUUCAGUAUUGUGACGUCAACGUCGAAGCGCAGGGACAGUACUCCAAUUUUCUGUUGUAUGUGUUCUAUCAAAUGCCCAUGUUUGCUGUUAUCUGCGCCUAUCCCUUGCUGUACUGGAAGAGUGCGACCGCGCGGAAGGUUACGGUGGCGAAUGGGAAUACGAGUAAAGUGCCCAGCGGAGCAUCGGCUAUGGAUAAGACGAUGGACACCCGCUUGUCAAAUACGGGCUUGAAGCCAGCAAAACCGGUUAAGCAGAAGGAUGGGACGCGAAAGCCUUUCUAUGUUCUGACGGCCAUGACGCUGAGUGUGCUGAUUUGCUGGGGUCCAACAAAGGUGUACAACAUAAUCCAAAACGUAUCGCCGUGGGACGAGUGCAAUCAGGGUGUUGCGGAAUUCCGGAAGAUUGGUGAAGUUCUGUAUGCGAUGCAGAUGUUUAUUGAUCCGGUGCUGUUUGCCAUGGUUCUGUCUGAUCUGCGGGCCGUCAUUGGGAAACUCCUCCAGCAACUGUUCUGCAAAAGCUGA